AUUUCCGCCACGGUCUCCAGUCCCUCCAUUUUGUUUUCUGUUGUUGGAAAGAGAACAUUGCAGAAAACUGUGUCGUUUAGAAGGAUUUUCUGGCAAUGGACGGUAUUGGAGAUGUUGCAGUUGGCGUAAAGAGAGGAUCAGAUGAGCUGCUGUCAAGCAGUCUCUACAACAGUGGCUCUGACAUGAGCAGUAUCAGUGAUGGUACGUCCAACGGGAGUGACAGUAAAAAACUGAGAGUGGAAGACAGGAUGGAGGCUCCUCCUUCUCGUGUGUUGCACAUCAGAAAACUGCCCAACGAAACUUCAGAAACGGAGGUCAUUGCCCUGGGGUUACCUUUCGGGAAGGUCACCAAUAUCCUGACUCUGAAGGGAAAAAACCAGGCUUUCUUGGAGCUGGGGACAGAGGAAGCGGCAAUUACUAUGGUCAACUACUACUCUACUGUGACACCGCAUGUUCGUAACGUCCCCGUAUUCAUCCAGUACUCCAACCACAAAGAACUCAAAACAGACGCCGGAAACCAGCGUGCCCAGGCGGUCUUGCAGGCGGUGUCAGCGGUCCAAGGAGGCGGUACCCCUACAUCGGGUUCAGAUCUGGCUCUAACAGCUGCAUCCAGCCCUGUGCUCAGAAUAAUCAUCGACAACAUGUUCUACCCAGUCACUCUGGAUGUGCUGCAGCAGAUCUUCUCAAAGUUCGGCACGGUCAUGAAGAUAAUCACAUUCACCAAGAACAAUCAGUUCCAGGCCCUGCUGCAGUUCAACGACCCAUCUACCGCACAGCAAGCCAAAAUUGCCCUGGAUGGUCAGAACAUCUACAACUCGUGCUGUACGCUCCGCAUCGAUUACUCCAAGCUGGUCAACCUGAACGUCAAGUACAACAACGACAAGAGCCGUGACUACACCCGGCCAGAGCUCCCCGCCGGGGAUGGACAGCCUGCCAUGGACCCCAACAUGGCUGCAGCCUUUCAAGGCAAGGACUCCAACUCUCUGCUUGGUAAGAUCCCAGGUGCCCUGAGCCCGCUAAAUGCUGCGGCGGCGGCGGCUGCUGCUGCAGGGAGGGUGGCUCUGUCUGGUCACUCGGGCUCCAGCGGCGUGCUCCUGGCCUCCAACCUCAAUGAAGAGAUGGUUACGCCCCAAAGUCUGUUUACUCUCUUCGGGGUCUAUGGGGACACCCAGAGGGUGAAGAUUCUUUACAAUAAGAAGGACAGUGCUCUGAUACAGAUGGCCGAUGCCAGUCAAGCCCAGCUAGCGAUGAGUCACCUGAAUGGUCAGAAGAUGUAUGGGAAGGUCAUCAGGGUGGCUCUGUCCAAGCAUACCUCAGUGCAGCUGCCCAGGGAUGGACUGGAUGACCAGGGCCUUACCAAGGACUUCACCAACUCCCCCCUGCACCGCUUCAAGAAGCCCGGCUCCAAGAACUUUCAGAACAUCUUCCCUCCCUCCACCACCCUCCACCUCUCCAACAUCCCAACGGAUGUAACUGAAGAAGACCUGAGACUACUGUUCUCCAACGCCGGGGGCACUGUGAACGCAUUCAAGUUUUUCCAGGAUCACAAAAUGGCGCUGCUCCAGAUGUCGACGGUGGAAGAGGCCAUCCAGGGUCUGAUUGACCUCCACAACUACAACAUGGGUGACAACCACCACCUGAGAGUGUCCUUCUCCAAAUCCUCCAUCUAAACCAGCAUAAUGAUCCUCCACAACAUCCAUCGCUUUCUGUUUCCAAAUGGCUUUUGGCUGCUGUUCGUUUAUCCUGUACAAUCUUUCCGGACUGGGGGACCACAUUUUGACCUCAUUGUAGUUCUUUCUAUUUUUUCUUUCUACGUGUUAUCAGUCAUUCCUUCAGAGAGGACCAGAAACUAAAAUGUGUAUUAAAAAAAAUAAGUUGUUGUACUUGUAUGGUUUGAGGAAAUUUUACCCCUGACCCCUGUGUAAGUCCCAUAUUCCAUUUGUAUGAUAGGCAAACCAUUUUCUUUUUCCAUCUUCUUAUUAUGAAGGGUGGAUGAAUGGACUUUGGCAUCUCUUUAUUAUGAUUAGUUACAUAAGAUAUGUGCCUUACCUGACAAUAUCAACUCUUUUUACAUUUUAAAUAUUUACACGAAUCCCUGCAGUCAGAUUUUGAGGCACAUUAAUUUUGAUGUGUAAUAUUUGUUUAAAACAUGAUUUCUGUUCUCCCAUGUGACUGUGCAGUUUGAACUUCUGCCACCCAAAAAGCUUCUCCUUUUCAGUUGCAGGUGUUGAAUUUGUGCCGGGUUUUAUUUUGUUAAAGUCACUAUAGUUGUUGUGGAGUGGGGAACCAUAUGAGAUUGAAGUUGAAUCAGUCUUUUUACAAUUGUUUUUUUUUGCGCUAACUUGGACCACCGUGCUUGAGGUUUCUUGCGAACAGACAACCAACAAUGCAGAUUUAAUCCAAGUUUCCAUCUGUAUGAUCAUUUUAACUGUUUUUGUUUCCACAAGUCAUCCAUUUACUAAAAUAGUCAAUGUUGCUAUUCUUUAGGUGUUAGUUUUCCUUACCUUCUUUUGUUUUGGUUUAUGUACAUGGGUAGAAGUUGAGUGGUUUCCUAAGCAUGUACUGCCUGGUCUAGUUAUUGGAAUUUAAGUUGGUAGUACUUUAUUCAUUUGAACUGUACUUCAUAACUGUCAUUGUCCUACAGAUGACGAAACAAAUGUCAUGGCAAUAUUAUGAAGUACAGUUCAAAUAAAGUGUUACAAAAAAAUCUGCUGUUGCAUGCGUUGGAAGAGGCUAAUAGAAGAGUAUCUGUAGUGACGUCAACGUGUUGCAGUUUACUGAUGAAGGUUGGGACCAAAGUGUAUGUGCCUUUUUUAGUUUUAAUUUACAUUGCAUCGCCAAGGAAAGGAACAAUAUUUUAGUGAACUGCUGAUAUAUUUUGUAUAUCUGAACAAAUAAGACACAGGACCUGAUUCAGAAUCAACAACCUUCAUUCCUUCUAUGGUUAUUUUAAGCUGAUAUAGAUGUAAUACCCACAAUUGUUUGAAGAAUCCCACAACCUCAACUUUCUAGAAAAUGAGAUUCUGUUUUUCAAGAGAAGUCAUGUAUAUUUUCUAUCAGUUACAUUUUUACAGCUCUAGAAAUGUAAUAUUCAGAUAUAGUUUGGAAGAGGCACAAUUAAAAUAAUUUUCUAACAAAGUCGGGAGAUUUGGUCUGACUUAGUUGUUUGAGAUUUUUUUCUUUCUCCACUUUUUAUCUUCUCUCUUGUGUGUACUUUGCUUUACCUGUGUAGCAUGCUCAAUAAACUCUUCUGUAGCUCUGUA